UAGUGCAAGCUUUAUUAUUUCGUCAUACACAUAAUAUAUCCUUAACUAUAUAAAAGCAGCAGAAGGAAACUUUUCUACCAAAAUUAAUAAGACUUGCGUUCAUUGUUUUAUCUAAACCGACGCCCGGAGCUUCCCCUUAAUCCGACUUAUCGAUAAUUUCGGUUCAACUUAACUAAUUAAAAGUCAAGUCCCAAGGAUAAUUAUCACUCAAUGUUAAGUAACGUAAACAGAAAUUCGAUUACUUACUUAUCCAAAGUUUUGUAAUUUGAAAUUCUUGUUGUAUUCUCCUCAGAAAAUAUUGAAAUAAAAUAUAAUUGCCAUCUCCACAAAAAGCGUUAUAAGAUCAUUAUCAAACUAAGUUUUAUUUAUUAUAACAAGCCGUUUCGUUUUUCUUGGUCCGUUAAUUAAACCGAAUAGCGAGCGACGAGCUAAUAUACAAAAGAGUGUCGCGUCGGACGGUGAUUCCUCGGCGCUCGGGGUGGGUGAGGGCGCGGCGGGCGGGGCGAGAGGCGCGCGGCAGUACCGUGCCGCGUCGCGCCCGGGCCGUCCGUCCGCUCGAGCCUUACGUAACGAUGCCCGAGCCCGAGAGCUGAUGGCCGCGCUCGUAUGGUGGCUGGCGGCCUGCUGCCUCGCCCGCGCCGCCACCGCCGGUAACCCCGACGCCAAGCGCCUCUACGACGACCUGCUCUCCAACUACAACAAGCUGGUCCGGCCCGUCGUCAACACCACCGAUGUCCUCCGCGUCUGCAUUAAACUCAAACUCAGCCAGCUCAUUGACGUCAAUCUCAAGAACCAGAUAAUGACCACGAACUUGUGGGUGGAGCAGUCGUGGUACGACUACAAGCUGCGCUGGGAGCCCAAGGAGUAUGGUGGGGUCCACAUGCUGCACGUGCCUUCCGACCACAUCUGGAGGCCUGAUAUUGUGCUUUACAACAAUGCUGACGGCAACUUCGAGGUAACGUUGGCGACCAAGGCGACCAUCUACCACCAGGGGCUGGUCGAAUGGAAACCGCCCGCGAUUUACAAGUCUUCCUGUGAAAUAGACGUGGAAUAUUUUCCGUUCGACGAGCAAACGUGCGUUCUUAAGUUCGGUAGCUGGACGUACGACGGAUUCAAGGUGGACCUGAGGCAUAUGGAUGAGCAGGCCGGCAGCAACGUGGUGUCGGUGGGGGUGGAUCUCUCCGAGUUUUACAUGUCCGUGGAGUGGGACAUACUGGAGGUGCCUGCGGUCAGGAACGAGAAAUUCUACACGUGUUGCGACGAGCCAUACCUGGACAUCACGUUCAACAUCACCAUGCGGAGGAAAACGCUGUUCUACACCGUGAACAUCAUCAUCCCUUGCAUGGGCAUCUCCUUUCUCACCGUGCUCACAUUCUACCUGCCGUCGGACAGCGGAGAGAAGGUGACGCUGUCGAUAUCAAUCCUCAUUAGUCUUCACGUGUUCUUCCUGCUGGUGGUGGAGAUCAUCCCCCCCACGUCGCUGGUUGUGCCCCUCCUCGGGAAAUACCUCAUAUUCGCUAUGAUACUCGUAUCAAUCAGUAUAUGCGUGACAGUAGUGGUGCUCAACGUGCACUUCCGGUCGCCGCAGACGCACCGGAUGGCGCCGUGGGUGAAGCGAGUCUUCAUCCACAUACUGCCGCGGCUGCUCUUCAUGAAGCGGCCGCAGUACAAAUUCGACACAACCAGGUCGCGGUACACAGCAUGCGGCGUGGUCGUGCGGUGCGGCGGCGCCGCGCGCCCGCUGUACCCGUACCGGCUGGCCGCGGCGGAGGAUGACUGCUGCGCGCCGGGCGCCUGGCCGCCGCCCGCGCCGCACCCGCGCCCGCUCACGCGGACGCCGAGUAAAGAGGAUUUAACACACACAACGUACUUGAACUCAGGUAUGAGCGAUAGCAAUCGCUUCGGCGGCAGCUGCGUGGUCCACGGCUCAACAGAAGGUGGCGCGCUCAACGGCGGAGUUGAGGAGGAACUCAGCCCCGUGCCGGACCCGCCUCCCGGGUUCAGUCACUCCUCGUGUCCGCCGGAAGUCCACCGCACGUGCUUCUGCGUGCGGUUUAUAGCUGAGCACACUAGGAUGCUCGAAGACUCCACUAAGGUAAAAGAGGACUGGAAGUACGUAGCCAUGGUACUAGACAGACUAUUCCUGUGGAUCUUCACGCUGGCCGUACUGGUGGGCACGGCCGGCAUCAUUCUACAAGCACCCACGCUGUACGACGACCGCGUGCCCAUCGACAAGGCCUUCAACCAGAUCGCCACAUCCACACUGGUGCGGUGUCCGCCGCCAGCGUAAACCUUAUUUAAUAAUGACGGUGGCUGAUCUCGUUGUGUCUCGUUAUUUCUGAAUGAGCUGUUACAUGAAUUUGAACCAUAUAAAUAGGAUGAUAAAAUUGCUUUUUUACUGGGCUUGUUAUAGGGAUUCGGUGGUCAGCUACCGAAUCCCGCGCUGCACAGAAGAAACAAAUGCCUUUUGCUUAACAGAUUAAGGAUCAACUCGAUUGUAUUCAUUUGUUUUUACCAUUUCGACGCUAUCAGCGUGACAUUCGAAAUAGUGUUAAAACUAAGUACUAGGUACUUAGUUUUAACUACGUAAAUGCGCUAUGCCGACAAAUAAAAGCGCUAUUAUGCUGUUUUCCGUUUGAAUUUUUGUUAAACAUACCAAUGCAUACCUGCAAACAUGUGGAAUAUGUAUAUGUACUCACCUGCUGAAAUCGGUAACAAAUUGAAAUUGAAAGUCUUUAUUUCAGGUCUCUCGGCCCAUAUUUUGUUAGCUUACACUGCACUUAAAAUGCAAAAUGUGCAAAAAGUGUCUAAACUAAACCCUAACUGGAGCCGUAAGGGCCUGUUUCACAAUGUCCAAGUAUUGGAUAGCUAAGAGAUCGAUCAUCGGUCAAUUUAAAAUGAGAUACUCUGUAAUAAUAUUUUUGCUAAAUUGGUUGGUUCAGGGGCUCAUAACUAAGCUCGGAGGCUUCAAAUUAAUCACAGCGAGAUUGGCGGCCGUCGCUCAAGACCUAACGCACACCCGUCCCUCCCGCCACGUGUUCUAUUCCACGACUCGUAUACAUAUGUGUAUGUAUUAGAUUAAUUAAGGACCUCUCGUAUCUCUUAAGCUCUGCACUGUAUGUCUGUUAUCCUGAUUUCCUUUUGUUAUUACUGAUCCUAUGGUUACGGACCCCUGGUUUCUCUAAAGUUCUAUACAAAAGGAUGACAAUAAUGUGUAGUGAAUAUUUUGUGCUACGACUGCAUUUUUAUGGUUUAAUAUAGGAUUUCAAUAAUAAAUAGUACGAUCAAUUUGUAUUAAUAUCAAAAUAUUUUGGAAAUGAAUUAAGUGAAUGUAGGUUGGAUAUUACUAUCAAGUGCCGAAAUAUGAAUUUCUAUCCCUCAUAUAUUACGAGAAAGUCCCUGAUACGACAUAAUAUAUCGGUACAUGCGAGCAGAACACACUGAAAAUAGUGUAAGAUCCGAUUUUGUGAGACGCAGACGGUCGGAUGCGGCUCUAAAAUGGAGUAAGUACUACAUUUUGCAAGAUGGCGGCUAUUUUUCAACGCCCGGAAAAGUUAUGACAAUAUUACGGCGCACAAAGAUAGCUUCUACUUACAAAACAUAUAAAAUGUACCAAAAUAUUCGACCUUCAUAAUAAAUCAAUCGUAGUAAAAGGAUUGGUGUCAGGCGAACAAUAAAACAAAUAAAAUGGUUAAAAGGUUCGUGCGUACUCCCUGUAUCAAGGGCUUUAUUAUCGCCCUUAUUAAUCUUCAGAUACCGUUUUGACCGUAUUAUCUGGCCCGAUACAUAAAGAUAAAUGUCUAGCUUUAGGGCGUUUAUCGAAUAACAACCAAAUGGAUAGGUUAACUUUUACGACGAACAUGAAAGGGUACGGACGACGGCUUUUCGAAAUCCUUGAAAGUUUCCUUAGACACCUUUACGUGUUACCAGUUUGUUAGAUUUUUGGACUUGUGAUAUUGAGUUAAUUUUCGUAUUCAUAAAUGUUAAGUGCAAUGAGGUUACGAUGAUUUUAUUUGUAGUAAUUUUGUUGAUAACUAAAGUAAUAAGCUUAAGUAAUAAAAACGAAACACCACCAAAUAAAUAUUGUCUGUGUUCAAUAAAAUCGUGUAGCGGAUAGCACCAGACUAGCCAGUACAUUAACAUUAAUACACUUAGACACGCUUCAUCUCAACGUAUACGUAAUCUCCUAUUCGCACCUCGCUUAUUCUGGUAAGAUUGAAUUAAGAGCGCGUUUGUUUUGUACCAUACCUUCCUAAUUGUUAGCAAAUAAGUAGACAUCGAAUCAAAAUAGACUAGGAAAACUAAGCAAUUAUCAUAAGUAUAAUUAUACCUACUUCUUGAUGAAUGAUUAAUUCUACUAUCGAAUAGCUAUAUUCUUCAAACUUCUAAGCAAUUUCUAACAUUUGUCGUAGAAUAGAACAUGUACAUAAACGUAAAGAUAUCGAUUUUAUUAUUUAUAAGAAAGAUGUAGAAUUUGAUCAAUAUGCCGCCAUAUACUAAAGAAAGGUACGAGAUUAUAUUUUAAUUUUAUUUAUAUAUAUCAGUCAAGUAUUUACAUUGAAAUGUUAUGAUUAUACAAUGAAAUGCGGAACCACCACAAGUAAUAACGAUGUAUUAUUUCAACAAAAUAAUAUUGUACAUACAUACAUAUCCUCAAGGAGCGAACCUACUUAGUCCUUGAGACGCACCAAUGCCCAUUUAGCAUGUAAACAAUUAUCCUUAUGAUAAUAAGUACAAUACUUAACAAUUUACGUUAAGCGAUUGCUCAAUUCGAUAACCACAACAAUGGCUGAAUGUAAACUUAGAAAUACUUUCUUCGAUGAAGCCCCAGCCGCUCUAAACGUGCAUCCCAAUUUAUUGAAAAUCAUUAUUUGUAUUGCUUUGAAAAAAUACAGUAAGUUUAUUGAAUUCUAUCAUAGUUCGUCUUGACAACUCAUGUAGGUAGUUUUUGGUAGAAAGUUACGUCUUUUUUAUCUAAAAGAAUAAGAUAUCUGACUCCACCAAAUCUUCUCAAAAAAGCUACCCUUCUUCAUGUUGUAGCUUUCUACAAAAAACCCCUACAUCUUUAAGAUUCACCUUAGUAAUAAUCCCAUAACAUAACUAAUGCAUUCUAUUUGCUGGGUCCCAUUUCUCAAACGGUAUUAGUCUAAUAUUAUUAGUCUGUUGCUAUGGUUACCCCGUACGACUUGACAGUUCGUGGACAAAUUAUAGUAUCAGUCUAAUAUUAUUAGUGCGUUGCCAUGAUAACCCAUACGACUUGACAGUUCGCGGACCAAUAUUAUUAGUCUAAUACCCUUCGAGAAAUGGUUCCCUGUUAUAUUUAUUAGCUUCGGACUGAUGAUCUUAUUAUUUUGACACGAUGCAAUUAUAUUUCAAGCUUUUUUUUACAAAAUAGUUCAAGUAAGCCACGCCUUACACUUGGUAAAAUAGUAAACUGUGCCGAAUGUCUUUAUUGGAAAAAUUAAAUUUGGAUAUAUUUUAACAAGUAUGGUGCCAAAUUUAUGGGAGAGGAAUUGAAGAUAAAUCAUAAUUUUUAAUACGAACAGAAAUUAAAAUGACAAUUUUAAAAUAUAUUUGUACAAAAUUUUAAAAAAAUCACGUAAAAUUGCUAAUUAUAUAACGCUUUUCGUGUUAAGUAUAAAACGAAAGAUAAGUAAUGAUUAAAUGAACACGAACACAUUGGUGUGAAUUUCUACAAGCAAUAUGUUGGAUAGGGUGUCCCUCUUUAGACCUACACAAUUUGAUCGAAUGAGACUUUUAUUCGUGUCGCAUUUUGCCUAAUGCAUAUUUUUGGGUCACAUGACUUUUCCAAAAUCUAAAAUAAAACAUUAUGUCAACUGAGACGGCUAAUGAAAAUCUCAUCAGCUCAAGUGAUUUUCGGUCAACUGAGGGAUUAAAUAGCUGAAGGCAUGAGGUAAAGGCAGCGUAGUGAUCCUCGUAAGGAACAGAGUAAGAUUUACCAAACUAGAACUAUUAAAGUAAGCACGUUGACUGCUCGCGGUAGAGUAGCGCAGCUCAAUUGUAGAAUAAUAAGUUUGUAAUUACGUAUUUAUAUUGUUAAUAAAAUCGUUAUAAUAUAGAAA